AUGGCAAUAAAAAACCGGUCUGGCGGGAUAAACUUCCAUAAUGUCUUGGUGACCAUUGCUGUCUCCUUCGGAUCCCUGACAUAUGGGUAUUCUUCCUCAAUCAUCUCCAGUACAAUUGGGCAACCUGGAUGGUAUUCCUUUUUUAAUUUGCCCAGCGAAGGGGAACCUGGCUAUGGGACUACUACCACCAAUGCAAUUGCGACGGCAAAUGGACUAUACAGCGCUGGUGGCGCUGUUGGUAGUCUAUUCAUUAUGUGGUCCGCGAGUGCCAUUGGACGCAAAAGAAAUAUUCAAUUAGGCUCUCUUCUAGUUCUGCUAGGCGGUGCUCUACAAGCCGGAGCCACUAAUUUAAACAUGUUUCAGGCUGGUCGUUUCAUUGCAGGACUUGGGGUUGGCAACCUUGUCACAAUAUGUCCAAUGUACUUAUCCGAAAUUUCUCCACCCCAAAGUCGAGGAUUUUUGGUCGGACAUCAUGCAAUUUUCCUUGUUUUUGGGUACAUGCUCAGCGCCUGGCUGGGGUUUGCUUGUUACUUUGCAACGGAAAAGAACCCUUCCUUUGCAUGGAGAUUUCCGUUGAGCAUGCAGUGCUUCGGCCCUUUGGUGCUAUUCCUAUCAUCCAUCUUCAUCACUGACUCUUCUCGAUGGCUUCUCCAACAAGGAAGGGCCGAGGAAGCUUGGACCGUGCUGAAAAAAUUGAGAUCGAACCCCUCGGAUCCAGAUGAUCUCGCUAUCAGAGAAGAGAUGUACCAAAUCAAGCAACAGCUAGCUCUCGAACAAGCAAGGCUUCAGGCUUCGGGAUGCAAUCCGUGGACUGCUGUCCUUAAAAAAAGAAGUUACCGAAAGCGCAUGAUAAUCGGUUUCUUAACUCAGUGGGGUGCUGAGUUUGGUGGACCUCUUGUUAUUAACAACUACUUUGUCAUUCUAUGCACCAAUCUAGGCCAGACUGGUUACAUGCCACUCCUACUUUCCGCAGUUUGGCUUACUACAGCUGGCCUAAUCUAUAAUCCAUUUGGUGCCUGGCUCCAUGACCGAGUCAAUUCUCGCCGCUGGAUGUUUAUUGUUGGCUUCAUGGGUUGUUUGGUGACAACUUCAGGCCUCGCUGGAUGUAUUGCUCAAUAUUCUGGGACAUCCAACAAGGGUGGAAACGCAGCCGGCCUUUUCUUUAUUUUUCUUUACCUUGCAUUCCAGGGGUCUUGCUGUGAUACUACGAUGUAUCUUUAUAUUAGUGAGAUUUUCCCAAUGGAGAUUCGCGGUAUCGGCAUGGGCUUUUCCCUCUUUGGACAGUUUGCGGCCACACUUGUCCUGCUGCAGACUGCGCCUAUUGGUAUUCAAAACGUCGGAUGGAAGUAUUAUCUAGUCAUUAUAUGUUGGUGCAUCUUUUUCAUACCCGUGGUGUAUCUAUUUUGGCCCGAGACGGCACAGUUGUCCCUGGAAGAAAUCGCAUCUCAAUUUGGCGACGAUGUUGCGGUCCAACUUCAUGGACUACCGGAAAAUCAGCGCCGUGAAUUGGAUGAUUUCCUUAGGGAAAAGGAUAUAACGCACAUGGAAGAAGUUGUCCAGCCUUGA